AUGGAAGUAUUUUCAAAAUUUGACAUUCUCAUUGAAGUGAGUUAUGCUGCAGUGACUUUGGAUGGCAGCAUCCUUGCUACUGGGAGUUGUGACACGACAGUUAUGGUCUGGGAGGUUUUUCGUGUUAAAGCCCCUGACAAAAGAGUUAGAAAUAUGCCAACGGAGAUGCCCCGUAAAGACUAUGUCAUUUCUGAAACACCCUUCCAUAUUCUAUGUGGGCAUGAUGAUAUCAUUACAUGCUUAUAUGUGAGUGUGGAGCUUAAUAUAGUUCUAAGUGGAUCGAAAGAUGGAACCUGUGUUUUUCAUACCCUGCGGGAGGGAAGAUAUUUGAGAUCUCUUCGACAUCCGGCUGGUGUUGCAUUAUCAAAGCUAGUUGCAUCUCGUCAUGGGCGGAUUGUGCUCUAUGCAGAUGAUGAUCUCAGUCUGCACCUUUAUUCCAUUAACGGAAAACAUAUUGCCACUUCUGAGUCGAAUGGGCGCCUUAACUGUGUCGAACUAAGUAGCUGUGGUGAGUUUUUGGUUUGUGCUGGAGACCAAGGACAGAUUGUCGUACGCUCUAUGAAUUCACUUGAGACUGUGAGGAGGUAUAAUGGAGUAGGAAAAAGUAUAACUUCACUUGCUGUGACACCAGAAGAAUGCUUUUUAGCUGGGACAAAGGAUGGAAGCCUUCUUGUGUAUUCUAUUGAAAAUCCUCAACUCCGCAAAACUAGCCUUCCUCGGAACUUGAAAUCAAAAGAUGGGGUGAGGAGGUUCGAGCGGCAACUUGAACAAAAGGAGCAUAUAAGGAAGUUUAUGUGCACCUUACUUCAAGUUGAUGAAUCUUGGGCAUUAUCUUCGUCCUCAAGUAUACAAAAUAAGAAAAAUAUCACUGUGGCAGUUUUUGACUUAGAAAAGCAUGGUGUUAUCCCUAGGGAGGACUAGUGGGGACUGAGAACAUAGGUUAAGCGAGUUUAAAUAACAUUGGAGCCAUGUAAAACAUUGAAACUAUGGAGUUUAAGUUGUUCAUAUGUUGUGUUUGAACAUAUUGAGGAUAUGCAGGAGCAUAUCUAUGAGGCCAUUUGCUAAUGCCAUAGUUUUCUUAAUCUACGUGUUUCUUUUAAGAUGGAUCCAUAGAAGGAUAGCAGCAAUCUAAGGUUUUUAACUACUUGGACCGGGGGUAUAACUUAGUAAGGUAAGAUAUGAGAAUGGAAAUAUAUAGUAAAAUUGAUGACCAAUGCCGUGAGG